AUGGAGGCGCGGAGAGAGGAGGAGGAAGGAGAGCUGCCGCGGAACCCCUUCGACGGGCUGCCCUUCUCGUCGCGCUACGCCGAGCUGCUGCGGGGGCGCCGGGGGCUGCCGGCCUGGCCCGCCAAGGAGGCCUUCCUGCGCCACCUCCACCGCCGCCCGCCGCUCCUGCUCCUCUCCGGGCCCCCCGGCGCCGGCAAGAGCACCCAGGUGCCUCAGUGGUGUGCGGAGUAUGCGCUUUCACUGCAGUUUGCCCAUGGCCAGGUGGUCUGCGCUCAGCCCCACAGCUUGGCUGCCUUGAGCCUGGCCCUGCGCGUGGCAGAUGAAAUGGACCUCAACGUGGGCCACGAGGUGGGCUACUGCAUCCCCUACGAGGACUGCUGCAUCCCGGAGACCCUGCUCAGGUUCUGCUCGGAUGAGGUCCUCUUGCAGGAGAUGACCUCUGACCCCCUGCUGCGGCAGUAUGGGGUGGUGGUGCUGGAUGAGGCCCAGGAGCGCACGGUGGCCACAGACCUGCUCCUGGGACUGCUGAAGGACGCUCAGCGCCAGCGCCCCGAGCUGCGCCUCAUAGUGGUGAUGAGCCCCUCGCUGGAGGAGCCACUCUGCCGCUUCUGUCCUGAUGCCCCGCUGGUGCGGGUGCCGCCGCUUGCCCCUGCCCCCCGCCUGACCUACCGGGAGCUCCCUCCUCAGGGCCGGGUGGCUGCUGCCUGCCAAGCCGUGCUGGAGCUGCACAAGGAGGAGGAAGCUGGAGACGUGAUGGUCUUCUUGGCCAGCGAGCAGGAGAUCCAGGAGUGCUGCGAGGCCCUCCAUGGGGCAGCAGAGGCCUUGGACCCCUGCCUGGGCUCCCUGCUGGUGCUGCCCCUUCAUCCCAGCGUGGGGCGGCAGGUCCAAAAACUGUACGAGACUUUGGAGCCUCCGGCACGCCGGGUGAUUGUCACCCACUGGCUGGCAGACUCCGCCUUCUCCGUGGGGAGCGUCCGGCAUGUCAUCGACACGGGGCUGGAGCUGCGCAGUGUCUACAAUCCGCAGAUCCGGGCUGAGUCACAGGGCUUGCGCCCGAUCAGCAAGAAGCAGGCGGAGGGCCGGCGGCUGAGGGCGGCUGGGAGCCCCCUAGGGACCUGCCUGCGCCUCUACACCGAGUCCUUCUACGAGGAGAGCCUCCCUGCCCUGCCUCCGGCCCGCAUCACGGAGGCCAACCUGAGCCGCCUGGUGCUGCUGCUGAAGAGGCUGGACAUUGCGGACAUGGGCCAGUGCGACUUCCUCGACCGGCCAGCCCCGGAGUCCCUCAUGCAGGCCCUGGAGGACCUGGACUACUUGGCCGCCCUGGAUGAUGGCGGCAGCCUUUCGGAGGUGGGCAUCAUCAUGUCCGAGUUCCCGGUUGAUCCCCAGCUGGCCAAGGCCCUCCUGGCCUCCUGUGAGUUUGAGUGUGUCCAAGAGAUGCUCACGCUGGCCGCCAUGCUGACAGCGGGGCCCUGCUUCGUCACCCCACCCACUCGCUGGGGGGAGGCAGUGUUGGCAAGGCAGCGCACCCUGCUGCACCCUGCUGGAGACCACUUCACCCUCAUCAACGUCUUCAACACCUUCCUGCAGCAGAGCGACCCAGAAAGCUGGUGCCGGAAGCAUGGGGUGAGCGAGGCAGCCUUGCAGCUGGCCAGGGCAGUGCGGGCGGAGCUCCUGGAGGUCAUGGAGCGCAUUGAGCUGCCUGUUUCCCCGCCGGCCUUUGGCUCUGACGACAGCCCCCGCCGGCUCAAGCAGGCCCUCCUCUCAGGCUUCUUCCUCAAGGUGGCUCGUGACAUCGACGGCUCCGGCAACUACCUGCUGCUGACCAGCAAGCACGUGGCCCAGCUGCCCCCCACCUGCAGCUACCGGCUGCGCCAGCCGCCCCACCCCCCUCCGCCGUGGCUGCUCUAUCAUGAGUUCACCAUCUCGCUGGACAACUGCCUCAGCGUCGUCUCAGAGAUUGAGCCGGACAUGCUGGCAGAAGUGGCCCCCCCGUACUACUUGAGCAACCUGCCCCCCAGUGAGAGCCGGGACUUGCUGCUGGAGCUGCGGGAGAAGAUGGCGGGAGGAGUGUCGUCCCCCCCACCCCAGGGCGAGGAGCCUCUGGCCGCCAAGGCUGCAGACAACAGCGAGGACGUCUGCGUGCUUCAGUGA